UGGAAAGUAGAACAGCGUGGAUGAACAUCGUUCAGCAAUACAUAUAAACAUGGUGGACAAAAUAGCCAUCGUUGUUGCAAUUAUUUUUGUUAUUAACGGGAUAGCAAUGGCAAAGACAGAUGCGAAGGAGAAGAAAGAUAAAAAGAUUGGAAAAAACAUUAAUGACUACACUGAAUCCGACAUUUACAAGCUUGCAGAUCAAUGGGAUGAAAAUGAUGAAGAGUAUGAUCCAGAUGAUUAUGACGACGAUGAUCCACGAAAACCACCUCCAAAAAUGAAAGGUGGUUUUGAUCCAUCAAAAUUUAAUGGCGAUCCUAUGGCGAUGUUGAAGUUAGCAAAGAAAGGCAAGACUAUUAUGAUAUUUGUACAAGUCGUUCCUCAGUUCUCCAAGAAGGAAGCAGACCAUUUGACCGAACUAUGGCAUCAAAGCUUGUUUAACGCUCAAUUUCAGAUACAAAGAUACAUGGUUGCCGACCGACGAGCGAUAUUUCUUGUUAACGACGGCAGCACAGCUUGGGAAAUAAAAGAUUAUCUAAUCAAACAACCGGAGUGUGAAAGUGUCGAAUUUGAUAAUCAAAAAUUUCCUGGUUUAGGAGGGCAGAAGGAUGAAGACAGAAAAUCGAAGAUGGAAUUAUAAGCACAUUUGCGAUUUUGAACAGUUGAUAAAAUGUAGUUAGACCAUUUGUGAAAUUAUGUAUAGACAACAAAGAUACAAAAAGUUCGUUCUUCAAA